GAAAACAGACAGCCAAGUGAAGCUGCAAGCGAACGGGAGAACUUCAUCGAGAAAUCCGUCUCCAUCCUUAUGUUUGGGGCAAUUAUGAACCCCCAAAACAGGGAGAACAUAAACUAAGCGUCUCACUCUAUCGGCUGAUAGCGAUAUCACAGACCUCCGUUGCUCAGACCGACAUUAAAGGGAUGGUGACAUUUGGAUCGUUAUCGAAGCAAGUGGGAUUCUGGGGGAUAGGAGGAGUGUGAAUGAAGGGGGUCGUAAACCUGUUAAACAGCCUGGAAUGUUUGCUGAGGUAACGGUUUAGCAGCCAGGAGAAGCGACGUUAGUUACUGAGGUCCAAACGAAGAAACAGAGGAGCGUCAGUUAGCAGCGACAUGGAGCUGAGAGUGGGGAACCGAUACAGACUGGGCAGGAAGAUCGGGAGCGGAUCCUUCGGGGACAUCUAUCUAGGCACAGAUAUUUCAGUUGGUGAGGAGGUUGCAAUCAAGUUGGAAUGUGUCAAGACCAAACACCCCCAGCUCCACAUCGAGAGCAAGAUCUACAAGAUGAUGCAAGGAGGAGUGGGCAUCCCAACAAUAAAGUGGUGUGGAGCAGAAGGGGACUACAAUGUGAUGGUGAUGGAGCUGCUGGGGCCCAGCCUGGAGGAUCUCUUCAACUUUUGCUCCCGCAAAUUCAGCCUCAAGACUGUCCUCCUGCUUGCUGAUCAGAUGAUCAGUCGCAUUGAGUACAUUCACUCAAAGAACUUCAUCCACAGAGAUGUAAAGCCUGAUAACUUCCUGAUGGGUCUUGGCAAAAAAGGCAACCUGGUCUACAUCAUUGACUUUGGCCUGGCUAAAAAAUAUCGCGACGCUCGCACACAUCAGCACAUCCCCUAUCGCGAGAACAAGAACCUGACGGGCACCGCACGCUAUGCCUCAAUCAACACACAUCUUGGGAUUGAGCAGUCAAGGCGUGAUGACCUUGAGUCCUUGGGCUACGUUCUCAUGUAUUUUAAUCUGGGUUCGCUGCCUUGGCAAGGCCUGAAGGCUGCUACCAAGAGGCAGAAGUAUGAACGAAUCAGUGAGAAGAAAAUGUCGACUCCUAUAGAGGUGCUUUGCAAGGGAUACCCCUCUGAGUUUGCCACCUACCUAAAUUUUUGUCGCUCCCUGCGCUUUGAUGACAAGCCAGAUUACUCGUACCUAAGGCAACUCUUCAGGAACCUGUUCCACAGACAGGGCUUCUCUUAUGACUAUGUAUUUGACUGGAACAUGCUCAAGUUUGGAGCCAACCGUGCAGCAGAAGAAGCAGAGAGAGAGCGCCGAGAUCGAGAGGACAGGUUGAGGCACAGCAGGAACCCAGGAACCAGAGGAAUACCUGCUGCAUCAGGACGACCACGAGGAACCCAGGAUGGAGCUCCGCCUACCCCGCUCACUCCCACGUCACACACAGCAAACACAUCCCCUCGACAAGUGUCUGGUAUGGAACGUGAACGAAAGGUCAGCAUGCGACUGCACCGCGGUGCUCCUGUCAAUGUGUCAUCUUCAGAUCUAACAGGGCGGCAGGACACCUCCCGCAUGUCAACCUCACAGAAUAGCAUUCCCUACGAGCAUCACGCCAAGUAGACGCUCGCCACGUCCUUGUGUGACGGAGGCAACACUGGAUGGUGUCUGGUGUACCACCUGCUGGUCUCCAUCUACUAGCUCCUCGAUGAGCCCCCACAAUGCAACCUGGCAGAUCAAGCCCUGUUAUCUCAAAGCAAUCUGACACAAUAAUACUACCACCACCAUGAAUUUGUACUACUUCAGCUACACCUGCACAGCUCUCAGUACCAUCAUUUUUACGUUUCUGUGUAUUGGUCGGACAUCCCAAGACAUUAAUGAGCAUUGGGCUUCAGGACUGUUCUCUAUUUACUUUUCAGGAGACAUUUGCAUAACCCCUUCCCAACCACCCCCCCUCAGCACCACAUUCUGAGUGGGCAGUCCAAGGCCAACAUGGCAACCCAGCAGUCUCCUCUAGGACACUGACUGGCUGAUGAUUUUUACGUUAACACUACUGGCUCGUUCUUCCUCUGUGGAAACAUUCAUCAUUAAUGACAGUACAUUUCCACUGUCACUGUGUUCAUACCUGGUUAAGGCAACAGCUUUCUUCUCCUUUUUGCUGUAAGGAGUCUCAAGCUGAACCAGCAGCUUUUAAUUUUAGGUAUAUGUAUGGGCAGAUUUGGGAAGUGUUGCUAUUUUUGGUAUUUGCAGUUUUCAUUCCUUCUUCUCAUCAGUCAGUUUUGCUGUUUUUAGUAGUCAUCACCCUGCACUUGAUUAACUCUACAGCCAUUUGUAUUAAAUAAAAAGAAACAACUUCUUUGCAUGUGUUAGAGGUGAGCCUUCAGAGUCAGUCCUGAAGGCUCAAGUGCUAGUUGAAUUCAUGAACAUACCAAAAAAUAUGCUUUGGUGGGGCAGGAGGUUGUUUUCACCCACUGAGCCCUGUUCCCUUUCCAGUGUUCUGUACAAAAGAAGUGCACUAUGUUGGGGGUAAGGGCAUCAUCUGACGCAUUUUACCAAAUGCUCAUUCACUGUGUACAGAUAAGCAUUCUUGUUUUUCUUAUUUGUAUUAUUUUGAAGCUGUGAAACACUUGUAAUAUUGAUAUGUAAAUGUUUCCUCUUGUUUUAUUUUCACUGACCUUUAGGAAUGGGUCUGAACAUGGCUUGUAAGCUUGGUCCAGAGCUGCUGCAAGUCGGGCCUGUCAUAAGUGUAGUAGUCUACCAUCAGUCUGCCCCUUAAGAGCCAUGGAGUUGAUAUAGAGUCGAGCGCUGUCAGUAGAUAUGUUGCACUGAAUGUGAAAGAUUCUGUAUGACAUGCUUUCUUGGAGAAUAUUCUUGAACAUAUAUUGAAGUGAGAGUGGAGAACGAAGCUGACCAUCAGCCUGUGACUGGCUUUUCCAGCAAUGGUGUGUUGGGAUUUUUAUAUUAACUCAUCUGACACUUGGCAAUAACGAAUAACUGCUAUGGCUGUCAGAAUGAAAUGGCCUGUUGUGAUUCAUUCUUACUGCUGUUAAAUUUUUAUAGUUUGAUUUUGAUCGUUAACCUCUUUGUUCUGCUGCUCUACACUUACUGAAUUAUGGAAGCAAUCGGAUCAGCAAGAUUUACUUUCUUACAUUUAUGUUUGCCACUGUAUUUGUGUACUUUAACUGUAAAUAAACAAGUCACUUGUAC